AUGUGUCACAGCAAGACAAUCUCGUGGCCUAUAGCAGUCAAAACUCCGGCUUCAGCUCAUAGAUCGAGAAAAGCCGACUAAACUAGUUCUGAAGGACAAGGUUGACAUAAGUUUACCUACCAGCAUCUCGUGUUUUUUUUAAAUAUUGGAUCGGAAUUUACCGUUACAACUUGAAAGUCCAGUCCGACAGCGGGAAAUGACACAGGAGCUUGCAAAAAAGAGAGGUGUUCUGGUGUUCCAGAAUGAGGCGUCAUACAGUGGUGGUCGGCGGCAGGCGCUCACGGAGGAUGACGAGGACUGGAGGGCCUUCCUAGGGAACCCCCUGACCGCCGCCUCCAAGGCCAUGAUGCACAUCAACGGAGAUGAGGACAGUGCCAAUGCUCUCCUCUACAACUACUAUAAGGUGCCACAAGACAAGAGAACGACUGGACAGCCCAAAACAGAAGUUAUUGUGGGCGAUGCUGAUCCAAACAAUAUGAACUUCGUGGUGCCACUCCAAGAUUCCCCCCUGGCCAUGACAACUCUGAGGACCGUCCAUCGCAACACUGCGGCCCAGGGCAGCAGCCAACCCAGCCGGGGGGACAAAACCCAGACUCUCUACCCAGCCUCAAACUCCAUAGUCUGCAUCUCCACCACCUCCAGCCCUCCCCCCUACUCCCUCAGCCCAGAGGGGACCCAGGCCCUGCACUCCUUCCCCGUUUGCACCCCCACUGGUCCCCACGGUUCCCAGUCGGAUGGCAUGGCCUUCAGUCGCCACCUCAGCCAGUACAGCCCCAGAGCCCGGAGCCUCACCCCUGACUCCACCUACACAAAGUCCUACAAGGACAGCACCAAUGAGGUCUUCCCUCCCUCUGAGGAGGUCCAGCUGCGUAUGACCUCCAUCCCUCCUGGUGGAUACCCUUACUACAGCUCCACAGCAAGUCAACACUUUGAGUACAUGCUGGAGGCUCCCCAGUCCCUCUGGACCAAGAGCAGCAGUGGCCAGAUGAGCUACCUGAACAAGGCCCAGUUCUACCCCAUCACCUUGAGAGCACUAGGGGGCACCCCGCUCCAAUCUCAUCUCAGUGGAGAAGUCCGGAGUGUGGUGAUGCUUGUGUUUGGAGAGGAGAAGCUCACAGAGGACCAGCUCAAAUACUGGAAGUACUGGCACAGCAGACAGCACACAGCCAAGCAGCGUUGCAUUGAUAUUGCUGACUAUAAAGAGCGAUUCAAUACGAUCAGCAAUAUUGAGGAGAUCGCCUACAAUGCCAUCUCUUUCACAUGGGACACAAAGGACGAGCCACGGGUGUUUGUGUCUGUGAACUGUCUAAGUACAGACUUCUCCCCUCAGAAGGGAGUGAGGGGCCUUCCGCUCAACCUCCAGAUUGACACCUACAGCUUUGGGAGCCAUGGUCACAAGCUAGUACACAGAGCAUACUGCAUGAUUAAGGUGUUCUGUGACAAAGGUGCCGAGAGGAAGAUCCGAGACGAGGAAAGGAAGCAGCCUUACAGGAAGGGAAAGAGACAGGAGACAACCGCAGCCUAUGUGGAAGACCCUCUGCAGCUGAAGCAUGUGACCAUAGCAUCGUUCAAAGCCAUGAGUGACAUGGACUCCCAGCCAGUUCUCUUCAUCCCAGAGGUCCACUUCCCCAGCACCCAGCACCACCAUGCAAGCCUAUCAGAUGACGGUGAGGAUAGCUUGGGGCAGAAGAGACUACUCCACUGUGAUGAGGACUUUGAGUUGGCUCCUCACAAGAAAGCAAGGCGGGACGGACCAGAGAAAGUGCUGCUUUAUGUCCGUAAGGAGACAGAGGAGGUGUUUGAUGCUCUGAUGCUUAAGACGCCCACUCUGGCAGGACUACUGGAGGCUGUAACCGAUAAAUACGAGCUGCCGCUUGAAAAAAUGGGGAAAGUCUACAAGAGGUGCAAAAAAGGGAUCUUAGUCCAUAUGGACGAUAACAUCAUCAAGCAUUACUCCAACGAGGAUGCCUUCCAGAUCAACAUGGAAGAGGUGGGGGGGGAAAUGCUGCUGACACUGACUGAGAUCUGAGUCCAGACAAGGGAAGUAUUCAUCAGGGCACAACUUUUUGCAACGGAAAGUGAAAAUGAGCGUUUCUUAUUUGAUCCUUUUUCUACUUAGUGAAUAUGAACACAACCCUGAUCAGGGGGAGUGGAGUCUGUUGUCAUGGGCCUCCAGGGGGAGACCCUUGGAGGUGGAACACAUGUUGACCCCGGCAGCUGAGGGACACAACCGUAGGAUUAGUCACCUGUUUACACAACUGUAACAGACUUCUAAAAGGAAAACAAGAUAUUUUCAUGAGUUCUGCCUUUCUGCUGCGCCAGUGUCUAUGAGGCUAUUUCUGGUGUGGUUGGUUGCACAAAAUGGCUACCUUGCUCGCUGGCAAGAAAAAUACAUUUAAGUAUUUUCACAUAAAAUGUGACUGAGUGAUUGCUUCACAAGCAGAUGAUGGGAGUCACACUGUACUACUGGGGCUUUUUGGCAGUAGCUACGGUACAAGAUGAAACUAUGAUGAGGACCAUUUGGAAACAAUAUUGUGUAACGGCCAUUGAUAUUUUCCUACUUUUUAGACGUUUUUUUCAUGUGUUGUUUUUGAUCAACUACUUUUUGCUAUAUAUACACAGACAAGACAGCAGCGAUGUCUUCAGAAUGCCAGUUAACGGAUAAAAGUAUUACGUAUUAGUUUGAAGUACAGUACCAGUCAAGUUUGGACACCCCGACUCAUUCCAGGGUUUUUCUUUAUUUUUACUAUUUUCUACAUUGUAAAAUAAUAGCGAAGACAUCAAAACGAUGAAAUAACACAAAUGGAAUCAUGUAGUAACCAUAAAAAGUAUUAAACAAAUCAAAAUAUAUUUUAGAUUCUUCAAAGUAGCCACCCUUUGCCACUCUUGGCAUUCUCUCAACAAGCUUCAUGAGGUAGUCACCUGGAAUGCAUUUCAUUUAACAGGUGUGCCUUGUUAAUUUGUGGAAUUUCUUUCCUUAAUGCGUUUGAGCCAAUCAGUUGUGUUGUGGCAAGGUAGGGCUGGUAUACAGAAGAUAGCCCUAUUUGGUAAAAGACCAACUCCAUAUUAUGGCAAGAACAGUUUAAAUAAGCAAAGAGAAACGACAGUCCAUCAUUACUUUAAGACAUAAAGUUAAAUGUCAAGAAGUUUCUUCAAGUGCAGUCGCAAAAACCAUCAAGCGCUAUGAUAAAACUUGCUCUCAUGAGGACCGCCACAGGAAAGGUAGACACAGUUACCUCUGCUGCAGAGGAUAAGCUCAUUAGUUACCAGCCUCAGAAAUUGCAGCCCAAAUGUUUCACAGAGUUCAAAUAACAGACAUCUCAACAUAAUCUGUUUAGAGGAGACUGUGUGAAUCAGGCCUUCAUGGCCGAAUUGCUGCAAAGAAACCACUACUAAAGGACACCAAUAAUAAGAAGAGACUUGCUUGGGCAAAGAAACACAAGCAAUGGACAUUAGACCGGUGGAAAUCUGACCUUUGGUCUGAUGAGUUAACAUUUGAGAUUUUUGGUUCCAUCUGCCGUGUCUUUGUGAGACGCAGAGUAGGUUAACGGAUGAUCUCCACAUGUGUGGUUCCCACGGUGAAGGAGGAGGAGGUGUGAUGGUGUGGGGGUGCUUUGCUGGUGACACUGUCUGUGAUUUAUUUAGAAUUCAAGGCACACUUAACCAGCAUGGCUACCACAGCAUUCUGCAGCGAUUUGCCAACCCAUCUGUUUUGCGCGUAGUGGGACUAUCAUUUGUUUUUCAACAGGACAAUCACCCAGAACACACCUCCAGGCUUUAAGGCCUAUUUGACCAAGAAGGAGAGUUAUGGAGUGCUGCAUCAGAUGACCUGGCCUGCACAAUCACCCGACCUCAACCCAAUUGAAAUGGUUUGGGAUGAGUUGGACCGCAGAGUGAAGGAAAAGCAGCGGACAAGUGCUCAGCAUAUGUGUGAGAAAGAUAGUUCUCAGGCAGAUUCUCCUUCAAGAAUGUUGGAAAAGCUACUUUGGAGAAUCUAAAAUAUAAAACAUAUUUUGACUUGUUUAACACUUUUUUUGGUUACUACAUGAUUCCAUAUGUGUUAUUUAAUAGUUUUUAUGUCUUCACUAUUAUUCUACAAUGUAGAAAAUAGUCAAAAUAAAGAAAAUAUCCUUGAAUGAGUAGGUGUGUGUCACGACUUCCACCGAAGUUUUUCCCUCUCCUUGUUCGGGCGGCGUUUCGGCGGUCGACGUCACCGGCUUUCUAGCCGCCACCGAUCCAUGUUUCAUUUUUCCUUUUGUUUUGUCUGUUUUAUACACCUGGUUCCCAUCUCAUAAUUAUGUUCCUUAUUUAACCCUCUGGUUUCCCUUUCUGUUUUGUGUGUGAUUGUCUUUCGUGUAUUGCUGGUGUGUUGUAUUUUGAGUCCUGUUUUGUCCUUGUUUGGAACGGGAUUUUGUUACGUUUUGGAUUGAGUAAAUCAGUGAUUGUUACUCUUAUCUGUGUCCUGCGCCUGACUCCUUCACUAUCUUUUAGAUAGACUCUGACAGUGUGUCCAAACGUUUGACUGAUACUGUAUAUUUCAAAGAUAUGUAAAACAUGAUGCGGUGACUGGCUAUUUCUGUCAGUACUUUUUAUAUUUAUUAACUCUGUGAUGAUUUUAUUUUUUGUAAGUUUAAAUCAUGAAAAAAGGGAUAUGAAUUAAAUUAUAGCUAUGUAUUUAUAUUUACAUCUUGAACAUGCUAUUUUGUGUGUGUCUGAACGUAAAUUUAUAGGUGGCAACACACUGUUUUGAGAUGACCGAAUGUAAAUAUUUCUUUGCAACAGGAAAUGAGGGUUGGGGUCAAAGUGUGUUAAUGUUUCAAUUUGGACUGACUCGAUUUGGAGUCAGUCCUGUCAGCAGAUGCUUACCCACAGUGGUUAUUAAAUUUGUUAAAAGUCA